AUGGACGACGGCUUCGAAGGCCUCUUCCCGGCCUUCUCCGCCUCCUCCCAGAAGGUCAUGGCGCAGACGGGUUCGUUCUCUGGGUACCGGCCACUGCACCCACUGGGCAGCGGCUACCUCAGUUCCGCCAGGUCGGAACAACCGUUUUGCAAGAAUGACGAGGGAUGGGGUCCUCUCAGUCCCUUUCGUUACGACUUUACGCCAUGCUUCAUCGACAUCUGGGUGGCGUCCGUGUCUGCCUUUGGAGUACUGUUUGGUGCUGUCACGCUCUGGUGGCUUUUUGCGAAGAAGACGUCCAACAGCCUGCCCAAAAACUGGGCAUUCUGGCUGAAGCAGACUCUUCUCCUUACCGUCAUUAGCGACUUUGUGGCCCAACUGGUCUUCCAGAUCACCAGCUACUCGUCCUUGUGGUUUGCUGACUUCCGCGUCUACACUACCAUCCUCACCAUCGUGUCGUUUGCCGUCAUCUUCGCCAUCCAAUGGGCUGAACACACCCGUCUGCGCAACGCAAAUGCCGUGGUCCUUUUUUACUGGCUAUUUCUCAUCAUCGCCCUCUCCGUCAAGCUUCGCUCCCUGGUCUCCCAGCAAAUCUAUGUCGACCACCUGGCCUACUUCGUCACCUACGCCGUCGGCUUCGGUUUGGCUGCCGCUACCUUUUUCAUCGAAUGGCUGGCGCCGCGCCAGAUAUCUAGCGAUUAUGAGGUUCUUGUUGAUGAGCGCGAGGAGUGCCCGGCCGAGCAUGCUACCAUCUUUUCCCUCCUCACCUUCUCCUGGAUGACGCCACUCAUGCGUUACGGCUACUCGACGUAUUUGACGGAAGGCGACCUUUGGGGCCUCGUCAGUAGCGACCGUACUGCCGUGACUGGCGCCACCUUUGAAGCUGCCUGGGAGCGGGAACUCAAGACUCGACCUGAUCGGCCGUCUCUCUGGACCACCCUCUUCCGGGCCUUCGGCGCUCCGUACGCCAUGGCCGCCGUGUUCAAGGUUGGCAACGACCUGGCUGCCUUCUCGCAGCCGCAGCUGCUGCGCUACCUCAUCGCCUUUGUCGACUCGUACAACCUGAGCACGGAGCCGCAGCCGGCUAUCCAGGGUGCCGCCAUCGCCCUGGGCAUGUUUGGCGUUGCCGUCUUCCAGACGAUAAUGAUCCACCAGUAUUUCCAAUUAACAUUUGUCUCUGGCAUGCGCAUCAAAGGCGGUCUGACUUCGUCCAUCUAUCGCAAGGCCCUGAAGCUGUCCAAUGAGGGCCGUGCCAGCAAGACCACCGGCGACAUUGUCAACUAUAUGGCUGUCGAUGUCCAGCGGUUGCAGGACCUGACCCAGUUUGCCCACCAGCUAUGGUCAGCGCCCUUCCAGAUGGUUAUCUGCAUGUUCUCGCUCUAUCAGCUCGUUGGCUGGACCAUGUUCGCAGGAGUCAGUGCCAUGAUCGUCAUGGUGCCCGUGAAUGGCUUUAUCGCCCGCAGGAUGAAGACGUUGCAGAAGCAGCAGAUGAAGAACAAGGAUGCCCGCAGUCGUCUGAUCUCUGAGAUCAUCAACAACAUGAAGAGCAUCAAGCUGUACGCCUGGGGUGCUGCCUUUAUGAACAAGCUCAACUACAUCCGUAAUGACAUGGAGCUCAAAAAUCUUCGGCGCAUUGGCGCAAACCAGGCCUUUGCCAACUUCACCUGGACCACCACGCCCUUCCUCGUCUCGUGCAUGACUUUUGCCGUCUUUGUCUUGACCCACGACGAACCGCUGACGACCGAGAUCAUCUUCCCCGCACUGGCACUGUUCAACUUACUUUCGUUUCCUCUGUCCGUGCUGCCGAUGGUCAUCACCUCCAUUAUUGAGGCCAGCGUUGCCGUCUCGCGUCUGACGAACUUCCUCAUCGCCGAAGAGAUUCAGUCCGACGCCGUUACCUCCAAGCCUUCCGUAGAGGCUGGCGAGGAGGCCGUCAGCAUCCGUGACGGUAGCUUCUCCUGGGACCGCCAUGAGAACAAGCCUGCCCUCAGCCACAUCGACUUCUUCGCCCACAAGGGCGAGCUCACCUGCUUGGUCGGCCGCGUCGGUACCGGCAAGUCGUCGCUGCUUCAGGCAAUUCUUGGUGACCUAUGGAAGAUUAAGGGCACCGUCGAAGUCGCCGGUUGCGUGGCAUACGUGGCCCAGCAAUCUUGGAUCAUGAACGCUACCGUCAAAGAGAACAUUCUAUUCGGCCAUCGCUUCGACUCGCACUUCUACGAGCAGACCGUCCAGGCGUGCGCGCUCCUAGACGAUUUUCUGCAGCUACCGGACGGCGAUGAGACCGUGGUGGGCGAGCGGGGUAUCUCCCUGAGCGGCGGCCAGAAGGCCCGCGUGACCCUUGCUCGUGCCGUCUACGCUCGUGCCGAUGUGUACCUGCUCGAUGACGUGCUAUCUGCCGUGGACUCACACGUCGGCCGUCACCUUAUAGACAACGUCCUCGGCCCUGAAGGCCUCCUCAGCUCCAAGACACGAAUCCUGGCCACCAACUCCAUUCCUGUCCUGACAGAGUGCAACUCGAUAUACAUGCUGCGUGAUGGCAAGAUUGCCGAGAAGGGCACCUACGACCAGCUGAUGGCCAUGAAGGGUCUUGUGAGCGACUUGAUCCGGACGUCUGGGCACGAGUCCGGGUCGGCAUCUGCUGCCGAGUCGGGCAGCGAGACAUCGACGGUCAUUGACACAGAGACGACGCCGCUCAUGGACGACGAAAUAGAAGAGGCUCAGGAGGGCCUGGCUCCCCUAGAAAGCUUCAGGCCCGGGGCGUCGUCCAGGCCUCCCAAGAAACAGCGGGCCAACAGCACGGUCACGCUCCGUAGGGCCAGCGCGGCCAGCUUCCGCGGCCCUCGGGGCAAACUCGGGGACGAGGAGGCUACCGGCAACAGGACGAAGCAGAACAAGGAACAUUCAGAGCAAGGAAAGGUGAAAUGGCAAGUGUACAUUGAGUAUGCCAAGGCAAACAAUCUGGUAGCUGUGGCAGUCUACCUAGUGGCCCUCGUUGCCUCCCAAACGGCCAGCAUGGGUGGCAGCGUAUGGCUCAAGAAAUGGGCUGAAUACAAUGCAGGCAACGGAGGCAACUUCCACGUCGGCAAGUACAUUGGUGUCUACUUCGCGUUUGGCAUAGGCGGCGCACUCCUGACGGCUGCACAAAUGCUCAUCCUGUGGAUACUCUGCUCUAUCGAGGCAUCACGCAAGCUGCACGAGAGAAUGGCUACUGCGAUUUUUCGAUCGCCCAUGUCCUUUUUCGACGUCACGCCGGCUGGACGGAUCCUGAACCGGUUCUCGAGCGAUAUCUAUCGUGUCGAUGAGGUGCUUGCUCGGACGUUCAACAUGCUGUUUGUUAACAUUUCCAAGUCUGGCUUCACGCUGGCUAUCAUUUCGGUAUCGACUCCUGCCUUCACAGCACUAGUCAUCCCACUGAGCAUCAUGUACAUCUGGAUCCAGCGCUACUAUUUGCACACGUCGCGGGAGCUCAAACGCCUCGACAGCGUCACCAAGAGCCCCAUUUACGCUCACUUUCAGGAGUCUCUGGGCGGUACGUCGACGAUCCGGGCCUACGGGCAGCAGAAGCGUUUCGAGAUGGAGAACGAGUGGCGCAUGGACGCAAACCUGCGCGCCUUCUUCCCGUCGAUCAGCUCCAACCGGUGGCUGGCCGUGCGGCUCGAGUUUAUCGGAGCAGCCGUGAUUCUCGGAGCAGCUGGCUUGUCAGUCAUCUCAGUGGCCAACCACAGCGGUCUCAGCGCGGGCAUGGUUGGUCUGGCCAUGUCCUACGCGCUGCAGAUUGUUACGGCGCUGAACUGGAUCGUGCGGCUGUCGGUCGAGGUGGAGACAAACAUUGUGUCGGUCGAGCGCGUGCUAGAGUAUGCGCAGCUGCCCAGCGAAGCGCCCGAGAUCAUCAAGCGUCACCGGCCGCCGGUCAGCUGGCCAUCCAACGGCGAGGUUGAGUUUCGCGACUACAGCGCCCGGUACCGCGAGGGCCUCGACCUGGUGCUGAAGAACAUUACCCUGGACAUCAAGCCGCGUGAGAAGAUCGGCGUGGUCGGACGCACCGGCGCCGGCAAGUCCUCGCUGACCCUGGCUCUGUUCCGCAUCAUCGAGCCAGACACAGGCCACAUCCGCAUCGACGACCUGAACACGUCGACCAUCGGUCUGCUGGACCUCCGGCGUCGACUGGCCAUCAUCCCACAGGAUGCCGCACUCUUCGAGGGCACCGUCCGCGACAACCUUGACCCAGCGCAUGUGCACGACGACACGGACUUGUGGUCCGUUCUUGAACAUGCCCGCUUGAAGGACCACGUGUCAUCGAUGGGAGGCGGUCUAGAAUCCAGAAUAAACGAAGGAGGCUCCAAUCUUUCCCAGGGUCAGCGCCAGCUGGUUUCGCUGGCGCGAGCGAUGCUAACUCCGUCCAACAUCCUGGUUCUCGAUGAGGCCACGGCUGCCGUCGAUGUGGAGACGGACCGGAUGCUACAGACGACGUUGCGGUCCCCGAUGUUUGCGAACCGCACAAUCAUCACAGUGGCCCAUCGUAUCAACACUAUUUUGGACAGUGACCGAGUGGUGGUUCUGGACAAGGGCGAGGUGGCUGAGUUUGGGACGCCGCAGGAACUUAUUGCUAAACGGGGACGCUUUUACGGGUUGGUGAAGCAAGCCGGCCUGACCGACUGA